CUUCGAGUUAGUAUUGACAUUUUAAGCCAUCUCAAAAUGGCGGACGAGAAGGAUGAACAGAUUGAAAAUCAAGAAGCUGCCAUUCCUGACGAUAAAAACGCUGAGGUAACUCCCGAAAGUGAUGCGGAAUCCGAAGAAAAUAAAGCCAAUGAAGAAGCAACGGACAUUGAAACUCCCCCUGAAACAGAGGAGGAGAAACCCUUAUCAGAAGCAGAGACAAUACAAGACACUGAAGACACCCGUCACUCUGGUAUCAUAGAUGAUACAAAUGGUGCCAAAUCACUACAGGAUGGGGACCUUGGGGACAGUUACUGUGGGGAACUGGGGGCAUUUGCCAACAGUCUAAGCAGCCUGGGGAGUAGUAUAGGGACUACCCUAGGCACAAGUUUGUCCCACAGUAAAGGAAAGGAUCAGAGAAAGUCAACACGAGGCAAGAGAAAGCUGGAUGGGAGUCAGCAGUUAUCAGCUUCGAAGAAGAACAAAAUUGAUAUUCCUGCAUCACAGAAACUCCCCCCUCACGGCUAUCCUCUGGAGCAUCCUUUUAAUAAGGAUGGCUACAGGUAUCUCUUAGCAGAACAAGACCCAACAGCUCCUAAGGCAAACUUUGACUUGGAGUAUUGGGCAGGGAAACCAAUCCCUGGUGAUUUAUACCGGAUCAAACUGCACACUGAAGUACUGCUCUCCAUGAAUGACCGAGCUCCACAACUAAAACUCUCUGAUGACAGACUGACGGUUACAGGGGAGAAGGGCUACAGCAUGAUAAGGGCUAGCCAUGGUGUCAACAGAGGUGCAUGGUUCUAUGAGGUGACCAUAGAAGACAUGCCUGAAGACUCUGCAACUAGAAUUGGCUGGUCUCAGCUUUAUGGUAACUUACAAGCCCCUCUUGGCUAUGACAAGUUUAGUUAUUCUUGGAGAAGCAAAAAAGGCACAAGAUUUCAUCAAAGUAGAGGCAAACAUUACUGUGAUACUGGUUACACUGCAGGAGAUGUCCUUGGAUUUUGUAUCAAGCUACCUGCGAAUGACAGGAGAGCAACAACAUUUCUUCCUCCAACUUUCAAAGACAGGGCACUUAUAAAGUUCAAGAGUCAUCUGUACUUUGAAGAAAAAGAUCAAGUUGAUAAAGCAGAGAAGAGUCUUACAGAACUACCUGGAGGUCAGAUAACAUUCUACAAGAAUGGAAAAUGUCAGGGUGUUGCGUUUGAGAAUAUCUUUGAUGGCACUUAUUACCCUGCCAUAUCCAUGUACAAGUCAUCAGUGGUGUCAGUCAACUUUGGACCUGACUUCCAGUUUCCACCAACAGAUGAUGACUAUCAACCGAUGUGUGAGCGUGCGGAUGAUCUCAUAGUGGAACAAGCUCUGGCAGACAUGCUGUAUCACGUGGAGGCGCAAGAAAACCCCACCAUACCCCCCUUAGUAGACAAACCGCUCAUCAACGUCAAAAGGAAGUGAGAAAAGGACAAAAGACCAGAAAUGAGUUAUCCACAGCACGCCAGGUCGCACCAAUAUUUUUGGACCUUACAUGGAUGCUAUGCAUUUGUUUCUGGGGAAAUUUACUCGAUGUGUGGGUGCUCGAGUUUCGACUCUAUUACCUGGUGUGUAUUGUAAAUAACCAGUAAUCGAGGGGUGAUACCUCCGUCAUGCGCCAGGCUGCUGUAUGUUCGGUUUUGACAACUGGCCCACUAACUGAACUCUCCUAAACGGCUUGAACUACCUGUUGCUAACUUUCUUAAACUUUGUACUGGUGACCACGGUAGCGCGCGUCGCAUGGUAUACGUUGUCUUGUGACCACGGUAGCGCGCGUCGCAUGGUAUACGUUGUCUUUCAUAAUCGAGGGGUGAUACCUCCGUCAUGCGCCAGGCUGCCGUAUGUGCGGUUUUGACAACUGGCUCAGUAACUGAACUCUCCUAAACGGGUUGAUCUACCUGUGGUACAGCUUGGGUACACCGGGGGCGCGUAGGAGGGUUCAGACAACCGAUUUCUUUGCGAACUGUUCAGGAUUGUUUGUAGGAGGGGUUGGGGAUACCUGAAACACCACAGGGAACCCGAGAAGAACGGCAGGGACUCGGCUGGGGUUUAGUUAUUAUUGACUUGGAAGAUUAAAGAGCUUGUUUUCGUAUGGGUUCUUACAUAGUUGCAAACCAGCGUAUGGUUUGUACGAAAUUUACAUUGUACAGAUAUAUGAAGACCAUGUAACAGUAUGUAGCUGACAACGGUAGCGCGCGUCGCUCUAUAACCCUUCUACUCUUUAAAAAGCUAUUCUCCCACCCAUUGAGAGUACGCGUGUCUGCCAACGUCACGUGGGCUAACAGAAGGACCUGCGCGCGUCGCGGUAAAUCCUCUACUUUCUGUUGCUGUUUGCCGUCCAGGAAUGGCAACCCAUCCCAGUUGUAUAGCCCUGCCUAAUCCGAAAAAAAAAUCUCAGAUAAAAACAAGAAAGAAAAAAAAAAUUUUCCUUAUAAAGGCGCAACACAAUCAGUAUUGCGCAUCUACUUUUCACAUGGAUUUUGUGGAGGGGAGGGUUUAAACUCUAUGGUUCUUUCAAAUAUGUGAAGAAGAUGGCGAAGAGAACCCUGAAUAUCCCUAAGGGAAUCUUCAGACUAGGUGCUCGAGUAGGAAGAAUCUCGUGUUAAUAGCAAAUGUACUUUUUAUACAUAUCUUGCCAAUAAACGUUAAUUACAUUA